AUGAUGCAGGCGCCUUGGUCAGGGCCAGCGCAGGGAGGACGAGUACCAGGUUUGCAGGUACGUAUCGGCAACAUUCUGGUCUGGUUCGGUUUGGUCGUGGUUUGGGAACCCCGGCACCUGGCGAUGAAUCAGGUAGCGCCAUCUGCGACACUGGGGAGAGAGAGCAUGUCGCAAGCGGACGUGGAUUCCCCAUUCGGCCAUGGUGGGCGGCGUCCCAGGCCAUCUCACGACGGGACCCAUCGCAUCUCAAAUCUGUGCCGUGCGUGCGAGCGGCGAACCGUGGGACGCAGCCGGGCCGCCGUGACGACAGAGGACAAUAACUAG